UCUUCACUUGUGAGUGAGCACACACAAGUUCCCUGGGCACAAUCCUCCCGUCUGCUUCCCCAAGGGGGUCCAGCCUUUCAACGAUUAACCUCCCAGCCAACGGGGAGGAGAGAAGACGAAUGCAGUGGGAUGCCUGCUGGGCCGACUGCCGCCCCGGCCCGGAGCCCUGGGCUCACUUCGCAGCCUGCUGCUGAGUUUCAGACCGCAGUCCUCAGCAUCCACUCCGCGUCGCCCCCUUGCCGAAGUCUGCAGAUCGAUGGAUGCUGGGCGCAGGCUUUCCCUGGGGCGGGUUAACGUUGGCUUAGGCUAAAGCCCCAAAGCUCCCACCUUCACCUCCUAUUUAUCUGCCUGCCCCCACCACUACCACCCAAGUACGUGCCCCUCUGGUUGUGUCAGGGCUCCCACCCGAGCGAGAGGGAGGGCGCCUCCCCAUCCCCUCCUCCCCAUCUCUGCCGCGACUCGGGGUUUUACUGCAGCAGCCGGAGGUGACAGCGACGCCUUAGCCUCCUCCGUCGCUCUCAGAACCCCGGCUUCCCCUGCAUCCGGAAAGCGCCCCCUCCUGAGAGGCUGGUCCCCGGAGAAGUGCUAACGAGCUGUAGGAAACCAAAUUUAAAAAUGCAUAAGUCGCUGGGCUGCAUUCCUCCGAGGACGAGCCUGAACGCCCAGGACUGAGAGUGGCAGCGUGUGGGAAGUUGGGACCGUAGAGCAAGGGGGGAGGGGAGUGGUGCAGCCGGCAUUCUCUUCUGAAAGGAGUCGUUGGGAGCAGUGCGGUUGGGCACAAGUUUGCCGGGGAGUGUUUUCCUUUUGUCAAUAAUUAAUCACUGGAAUCAGUCUGGCAGAAUUGGAGUUUUAGCAAUAGUGCAGAGGGCGGGGCCGAACACCUAACUCUCAGAGGCUCGAGGUGCCCAGCGCAGUGGGAAGUUCGCAGCAGUUGGGGAGGAGCCAAAGCAUUGGUGCUCACCUAAGCCGCAAGGAGAUACAUCCAACCGGGAGAUGAAGAAACUGCAACCGAGAGAGGAUAAGUAACACAGAAUCAUUCCUCGGGGGAGCAAGGACAAGAACCCAGACCUGGACCCUCCUAGGCAGUAGAGGAAAUUGAGUCAGAGGUGUUGAGCAACUUAGCCAGAGUCAAACCCAGGCAGGAUCCAGGGCAAGAGCUCAUAACUACUCACCACACCACCUCUCAACAGGAUUCCCACCCAGCUCCACCUGUGGUCACCAGGAGACUUCGGGCCUCAGUUUCUUCAUCUUUAAAGACAGACUUUCUGCAGCUUGAAGGAGCCAGCCAUGGAUUUCAAACGUGUGAAGGACUAUCUCUCCUGGCUCUACUAUCAAUAUCAAAUCAUUAGCUGCUGUGCUGUCUUGGAGCCCUGGGAGCAAUCCAUGUUCAAUACCAUCUUACUAACCAUUUUUGCUAUGGUGGUGUACACUGCCUAUGUUUUUAUCCCAAUCCACAUUCGCCUGGCUUGGGAAUUUUUCUCCAAAAUGUGUGGCUAUCACAGUACAAUUUCUAAUUGAUCUUGUUUGCAUUCUGUGAAGUGGCAUUUCCUAUGUGUAUGUUGCUUACAGUGUAUCGAUUUAGGUGAAUACUGUGGGUUCUUUCACUACCUAACCUGAAAAGCUCUCUCCUCUCUAUGCACUCUUAUACCCUGCCUAAAAUUUGAGAUAGAUGUCUCUUUAGGUUCUUUUGUAUAGGCUACAUUGUGCAUCAGACCAUAGAUAACACAAUGACCUUACCUCACAUAUCAUAUUCUCUCAACUUAAAUCUAUAACUUUAGAUUUUGUUUUUAAUUGGGAAAUUUCAUAUGAACUUUUUCUGGAAAGUGGGCUCAUAAGAGACCUAUCAGAAUCCUAUUUAAAAUGCUCCCUUGAUACCUAUUCUAUAGUGAAGGAUGUAUUUUUUAAAAAUUUGUUCAUAGGCUACUGUCAAAAGUAUCCUAUCCUUGUUUACAAUAUACAAAAAGAUCUGAAUAAAUUAUAUAGACUCCCUAAAGUCUUAUUUUCUAGUAACCCGCUGAUACCUAAAAUUCUUUUACUUCAAGUGCAAAAGAAUAGGUUAAAGGUAAUUAUCUCUUUUCAGACAUGGUUCAUGAACUGUUUCAAAUGCCUCUAAAAGUCUGGUUUAUAACAGUUUAAAAUCAACAAUGUUGAUUUUAAAUAACCCAGGAAGUAUUAUAAUACAAAAUCACAUUAAGUGUAAGAAAAAAAUAUAAUCAAACUAAAUGCAGAUGUUGUGACUUGUGAUGCUGCCUUGCCUUGCAUGAUGCUGGGGGAAAAGAAACAAGAAAUUGCAUCCUUUCUGUGCUUUCACUCAGUGGAGGGUUGGGGGGGAUCAUAUAUUGGGCUACAGGAAGAAAAGCUAAUAAAUAGGCUGGAAGUAAUAUUCUACCAGCAGGAACUCGACAGCUCCAGUUAAAUGCUUUGAUAUAGUGGCUCCUUUGCAGAGCAAAAACAAGAUUUAUUAAAUUUCCUUUCAAGUGUUUAUGUUAAAAACAAAUACAAGUUUUUAAUUAUACUGCUGAAUCAAAUGUGAAUGCCAAAGACCAAACCUUGCAGUUUUUCUUUCCUCUCAAUAAAUCUUAAUGUUAGUAAUUCUGGAUGGUAAAAAUGUAAAUAGUUUUUGGACAAUAUUUGCACCCUUUUUUGUGUUAUGGGAAAAAUUUUUUUCCAUAAAACAAGGAGAGCCAGAGAGAAAGAUGUUUGGAAUGCCAAGUCAGCUUGCAUGUUUGUUAAAAAACAAAAACACAUGUUUUGAAGAUAAACCAGAUCUGAACAUGUAUUUGUUGAUUUUUGCAAAAUAAAUUAGGUUUAGUUUUAUAAAUAAAAUAUCCACCUCCAGA